UCCCGUGCAGACAGACGCAGCCGACAUUUGCACGUGCAAACGUGCACCUGAAUACAACGAAUAGCGAGACGUAAUGAGGAGAAGGGAGAAAGUAGUGUAUAUAAAGAGGUGGCCGUGACUUUGAAAGCAUCGUAGAGUCUGUUGCGCGUUCUACGGACAGGCAUCGCAGAAUCGAUUCCCGACGGUGUUUUCGUGAUUUCGCAAAUCAUGAAGCUUUUCGUGCUCGCCACAAUGGUGGCCGCAGUGUGGGCUUCUUACGAGGAGGAGCACGGUAGUAGCACCUAUCACGAGACGUCUAAGCCAGUGGAGAUACCGAUCUACAAGAAAUACGCGAUACCAAUCCCGCACCCGGUCGCCGUCCCAGUUCCACAGCAAAUUAAGAUUCCCAUACCUCAGCCCUAUGAAGUCCAAGUCGCAGUUCCACAUCCGGUGCCCGUGGAAGUUAUUAAACACGUUGAGAUACCUAUAGAGAAGCCGGAACCAUAUGUUGUAGAAAAAAAGAUACCAUACGUCGUUGAGAGGCCGUAUCCAGUGACAGUGGAGAAGCACUUUCCAGUGCCAAUACCUAAACCGUAUCCAGUUCACGUGCCUGUGUACAAGCACGUUUUCCACCAUAAGAGUUCAGGACACGGCUGGAAAAAGCACUGAUUCAUAAGUUUGGACGAUUCUCUUCAGUAGCCUUAUGCCAAAAAUAGCGACAAGCGUUACACGAACAACAUUAGGUCGUAAGCGUUGUGAUGUUUGUAUAUAGUUUAUUAAUAUAAAUCUAACAUUUAUAUUUGUUAUGUUUAAAUAAACUCUUUCUUCUUAUACGCGCAUGGACUUAUCACUCUUUAAAUGCCAAUUGAUAGAGAAUUAUAAAAUAAUUAAUUGCAUCGUAG